ACUAUAUUAUAGUUUUUAGAAUUAUACCAACAAUAAUAAACGAAUGGCUACCCAUAUACCUUAAAAAUGUCUAAACUGCGUAUGGCUGUUUCACGUUUGUUAGCACUUGGUGGACUCACAGCUGUAUCAGGAACAUCAUAUGUUCUUUACAAAUAUUCAUCACUUAAUGAGAAAGUUGAUUGCAGAGGUGCUGUAUAUGGAAAGAAAGAUUUUGAGCCUGUGCUAAACUCACAAGUAAAAUGGGAUGAUGAUUGGGAUUGCAGAAAAAUACAGAUUAAAAAAGAUUUAUUAAGUCUAGAGCCUCAAGAAAUUACUCAUUCACUAAAAAAUGUUGAUGAAAAACCUAAACCUACUGCUACAAGACAUGUUCUAUUAGUUAGACAUGGUCAAUAUAUAACAAAAGAUUCAGAUGAGGAAAGAAUUUUAACUGAUAUUGGAAGACAACAAGCUGCUGCAACAGGGGUCAGGUUGAAGUCUUUAAAUAUUUCAUUUAACAAAAUAACUGUUUCGACAAUGACACGUGCAAAGGAAACUGGAGUUAUAAUUAGCGAUCAGAUGCCAGAAGUUCCAAUUGAGUAUUGCUCUUUAAUAAGAGAAGGUGCACCAUAUCCUCCAGAACCACCAUCGAAAUCUUGGAAUCCAGAGCGUUGGGUAACAUUUUACAAAGAUAAUCCAAGGAUAGAAGGGGCUUUCCGAAAAUACUUUCAUCGUGCUGAUUCUUCUCAGAAAGAAGACAGUUUUGAGGUGCUAGUAUGCCACGGAAAUGUUAUCAGAUAUUUUGUUUGCAGAGCUUUGCAGUUUCCACCUGAGGGUUGGUUGCGUAUGAGUAUUGGUAAUUGUGGCAUUACUUGGCUUACUAUUCGACCGAAUGGCAGUGUUUCUUUGCGUGGGUUAGGUGAUGUUGGACAUCUACCACCUGAGCUUAUAACGUUUAACUAAAUUUAUAUAAAAUGAAGUUGAAAGGCGUUGAAAAACAGCUGUUUUUAAGCUCGUUUAAAAUGUUGUACUGUUCCAACAAUUGGCGCAGUUUAUAUUUGUUGGUCUCGAGAAAGUAUCGAUUUUUUUCAUUGUUUCGAAAGACGUUUUUUCUCCCGCAUCGCACCGCUUUCUAACGUUUCGUUAAAUUUAAUGAGUAAAAACAACAAAGUUUCUGCAAUUAACUUUUUGAAUUUUUAUAUAUAUAUAUAUACAUAUAGUAUUUCAAAUACAAAUUGUUAAUUGCAAAAAGGUAAUGUUGUUAUAUUUUCCUCAAACUAUAAUAAACUGAAAGUAGCAAACUUUUAAAAGUAGACAAUUUUUCUUACACGUCAUUUUGAUGAGUGAGAAGUUGCAGUUCAAAGAUUUUCACUGAAAAAUUUAAUUUUUAAGAA